AUGUAAACACGUCAUUUGCGUGGACUCGAAGCAGAGUAUCGAUGCGGCGAAGGAAUUCUUCAUCAUAAGGAUUUUUGAUGCUUAAAAAGUAACAAAAUGAGUGCGCUUUUCAACUUCCAAAGCCUGCUGUCGUUGCUACUGCUGAUGGUUUGUACUUGCACCUACCUUCGGUCACUGUUCCCGAGCUUGGUUGAUCGCAACAAGACGGGAAUGCUUGGCCUGUGUUGGAAGUUUGCACGAGUUGGGGAGCGGAAAUCUCCCUACAUAUCGGUUGGGUGCUUGGCGAUGGCUUUCUCGUUACUAUUUUGGUCUUAGCGAUGAUCAAGUAUUAAAAGGAGUAUAUCUGACGAGAACUACGGAUAACGAUGGCCCAUAAUUGCAUGGUAUUGUGUUGCAAUCUAGGAUACCGUUGGCAUGAUUCCUUCUACUGCAUUUCUCUCAGCGAUACAGAGCCAAAAAGGAUAUUUGUGGUGAAUUCAAACAUUUGCAUAAGCUAAUAAACGAUAAAAACAUUUAAUUCUCUCAAUGAACACUA